UCGGUUCCUCACCUUCCAAAACAUGCAUCUGCCAAACAAAAACAAGACAAAAGGUUAAACAGUGAGAACACAAGAGAAAGCAUCAUCUCCUCCCCCUUAUAUAUCACCUGGACUCUCUCGUGCACUUACUUCCUAGAACAUCAUCAUCGCUUGCCAGCUCUCUCUCUCUCUCUCUCUCUCUCUCUCCGUCUCUCUCUCUUUCUCCAACAGCUAUGGUGUCCGUAGAAUCUGGUCAUCCACCUCCCCGGGCCAGCGAUGCACCCUCGAGUCCCAGGAUCUCAUUCUCUGCUGAAUUCCUGGAUGACAAGAACUUCAUCUCCAUCAGCCCGAAAGCACACCACGAGAAAGAGCGCGAGAUGGACAUCGACAAAGCCGAGUUCGAGUUCCUGUCGACCAACGUGAGCCUCGACUCGAUGCUGUCCGCCGACGAGCUCUUCUGCGAGGGAAAGCUGCUGCCCUUCUGGCAAAUGCAGCAGUCCGAGAGGCUGAACAAGAUCAGCCUCGGUCCCAAGGACGACGGCGACGAGGAAGGCCGCGAGGAGGCCAAGGAUAACAAGGAACAGAGCAAGCCGAAUUGGUUCUUGGACGACGACCCGUCCCCGAGGCCGCCCAAGUGCACCGUCCUGUGGAAGGAGCUGCUGAGGUUGAAGAAGCAGCGCCCCAACUCGUCGCUGUCGCCGUCGUCCUCCUCUUCGUCGACGUCGUCCUCUUCCAACUCGAUGGCCGACGUGGCCGCGAAGGACGAGAAGAAAGGGUCGGCGGCCGCCCGGAGCGGAGAGAAGCAGGUGAAGAGGAUAAAGAAAGGGCUGGAGAGGACGAGGUCCGCGAGCAUCCGGAUCAGGCCGAUGGUCAACGUGCCGAUCUGCACGCCGGCGGCGAAGAGCAGCGCAUUGCCGCCUUUGUUCCCCGUAAAGAAGAAAGGGAGAUUAGAUAGGUGAAGAGGAGACUGAUGAGGGAUGACGACGAGGAACUCGGUAUUGUCAAAUGUAGAGAAAAGCUUAAUGUCAAUAAGUUUUAUUAUUCAA